AAACAAACUAAGGCUUGAGAAGUUGUGCUCAAGCAUUUCUGCUCUCGAUGAGGUCCUUGUAUGUUGUCGGGAUGUUGCUUUGAGUGCACAAGUUCUUGAUGGGUUGUUUCUGCUCGAAACUGUUUGAUGACCUGCCAGAACAUGUUGGGAAAAGCAAGAAAUUCAAAAGGCCUGUUUGGAAGUCAGAGGAGCCUUGUACAGAGUCUGACUUACAGGCUAAGCGUGAGGAGUUCUGGGAUACCCAGCCUCACUAUGGAGGCGAUCGAGUGAUAUGGGAUGCGCUAAAGGCGGCGUGCGAGUCAGACCUGCAGACAGCCAAAUUGAUUCUCGAUAGUGCUGGAGUUGUGGUUGCCUCGGAUGACAUGUCAGUGUGCUAUGACGAAAGAGGAGGAAAGUAUGAGCUACCAAAGUAUGUGCUGAACGCACCCUCCAAUUUGACAGUUGGGCCAAAAGCGCCAUGUGCUGCUCCUCAAGUGGAGCUUAUGAGCAGCUCAGCGGCAACCUCAACAGGGCCUGCUCCCACUUGAGAAAGACAGAAUUAAGACAGCGUAAAUCGAGACAACAUCUGAACAUAUGAAAGCCUCUGUCCUUGAUGAUUUUGUCGCUGUGCUGGCAGCGCUGCAGGUCUGAGUUGCUGCAGCACCGAUCAGAUCUGCAAUUGUCUUGUUGUCCAACAAGCUCAAUGAACCUGUCGCAUCUGUGCUGUGUGUUGGAAAGAUCAAUAGAUGAAAUUCCCCUGAGGAUAUGUUGUUCAAGGGUACUGUUCUGUACAGAACAUCCAGGCGGGGAAAUGUUAGAAGCCCACCAAAUUUUCAGCUAGGUUUUAGUCGAUUGCUUUUCUUCCUCAGGGCCCUCAAUUUUCAUGAAUGUCAUGGGGGGUGUCCCUGAGAUUUUAUGCUAAUUUACUGCAACUGUGUUUGACGGUCUUUGAGAGUUUCAGCAGAACUUUCAGCUCUAAAGUAAGAGCAAACUUGCCCCAUGUAUCGUCACUAUACACAGUACGGUACUGUGUACCUGGUCUAGAACCUGUACAGUCCGAGACUCUCAGUAAACUACAAUGCUAGUCAACUAGUCCGUCCAGAAUAUCAUUAAAGGUUAUGAUGAUGUCAACAGUAAGGCUGGGUCGUGUAAGGAACUCCCAAUGUA